AUGGGUCUCGCCCAAGCACUCACGCUGCAAUCUGUUGAACGCGAAACCUCUGGGAUAUACGAAGACCCAGAAGAUGAUUCUCGUGCUUCCAGUAUCAGUACGGACGAAGCAGGCCCUGAAUCACCGUGGGAGGUUUCUUCCGACUCAGAUGUGGAGCAAACCGUAGCUCCGAAGCUACAGCAGAGUAAAAUUCCCAGGACAGUCAUCAACCCUCCGCUUCAGGAUCAUAGUGCAGCGGUUGCCGAAACAGCAUCGUUGGACUCGAUCAAGUUUCUUGUCGGUUGUCUUUGGAGGAUACCCAUUAGACGCCCUGCGCCGGUUGAUCGAGUGCGGAAACAAGCCACAGCCGAUAUGUCAGGUUAUCUCGCCUUUGAUCUCAUGCACGUUCGCGCCAAAUUCCCCAUGGUCGACGAGACGGUUGCCGCACGUCUAGCUAAAAUGAUUUCCAGACGCAGACAACUCCUGAAGUAUCGUAAUGAUCACACAAACCUCCUACAAGACGAGGCUACAGCAGAUGAUGUCCAAAAAGUGGCUCGCGACAACAAGUCAGGGCCAAUCGAGUACGGUAAAACCAGCGAGGCGACUCCAAGUGUGAAGACUCAUAGCCAUCACACGGACAUAACGAAGGCGACCACGUUUAGACCCACCGAACCCAAACCGUUACCAUUGCCAGUACCUGGGUUGUACGCGCCUUCCAUACAGUCAAUGUCUUCGGUCGCGUCCGAGCAGACCGAGAACGACAUUCCUGUCAGAGUUCCCGACCGACCUAGAGGAAAAGACGGAAGAUAUCUCGAUCAGUUCAUAUGUCCUUACUGCUUCACUGGUCAGGCCAUAACAUCUGAGCGUCGAUGGAGGUAA